AUGGUCAUCAAUGUGAUGUCCUCUGUCCCAUGCUACAAAGGAGUGGAAGAGGAAAGGCUGGGACAGAAUGGCAAAAAUAUCAACACCUUUGAGAACAGAAUGUUAAUGCUUGAUGGGAUGCCGUCAGUCAGAGUCAAAACAGAGCUUUUGGAAUCUGAACAAGGGUCUCCAAACGUCCACAACUACCCCGAUAUGGAAGCUGUUCCCCUGUUGCUAAAUAAUGUGAAAGGGGAGCCGCCGGAGGACUCGUUAUCUGUAGAUCACUUCCAAACACAAACUGAGCCAGUGGACUUGUCGAUCAACAAAGCCAGGACAUCCCCCACAGCCGUUUCAUCCUCCCCAGUUUCCAUGACAGCAUCUGCCUCCUCGCCUUCUUCAACUUCAACCUCUUCAUCGUCUUCUAGUCGUCCAGCCUCAUCCCCAACUGUUAUAACAUCCGUAUCUUCAGCAUCAUCUUCGUCAACAGUAUUAACUCCAGGGCCCCUUGUCGCCUCCGCGUCUGGUGUGGGAGGCCAGCAGUUUUUGCACAUUAUCCAUCCUGUACCGCCUUCGAGUCCCAUGAAUUUACAGUCUAACAAACUGAGUCACGUUCACCGCAUCCCUGUGGUGGUACAGUCGGUGCCUGUUGUCUACACAGCUGUGCGGUCACCUGGAAAUGUGAACAACACUAUUGUAGUGCCGCUUUUGGAAGAUGGGAGAAGCCAUGGCAAAGCACAAAUGGACCCCCGAGGCCUAUCUCCCAGACAAAGUAAAAGUGACAGUGACGAUGAUGACCUGCCAAAUGUGACCUUAGAUAGCGUUAAUGAGACUGGAUCUACGGCCCUUUCCAUAGCCAGAGCAGUACAAGAAGUACAUCCGUCCCCAGUAUCAAGGGUCCGGGGAAAUCGAAUGAAUAAUCAGAAGUUUGCUUGUUCAAUUUCACCAUUUAGUAUUGAGAGCACAAGACGCCAGAGACGGUCUGAAUCCCCAGACUCCAGAAAACGGCGUAUCCACAGAUGUGACUUUGAAGGAUGCAACAAAGUAUACACAAAAAGUUCUCACCUGAAGGCUCACCGAAGGACACAUACAGGAGAGAAACCCUACAAGUGCACCUGGGAAGGCUGCACCUGGAAGUUCGCGCGCUCGGACGAACUGACAAGGCAUUACCGCAAACACACGGGAGUGAAGCCAUUCAAGUGCGCGGACUGUGAUCGCAGCUUUUCCCGGUCAGAUCAUUUGGCACUGCACCGCCGGAGGCACAUGCUGGUGUGA